CUCACACGCAUUGAAGCUUUUCCUGCAGAGAGACUGUACUUACUGCAUCCUUCGACUAAUUCUUCAACAUUUGGCAUUUCAAGUCUGCUCUGUCACCAGUUUCCGUUUGUGGGUUAGUUUCACCCCAAAGGUUGCAGCUUUGGUGGUGUUUUGAAUUGCAGCAGUGUGGUUUUGAAGCAGUUUAUGCAGGAGUUUGGCUGCGAUGGCGGGAUCUCGAGGCGAGUUCGACCACCUGUUCAAGGUGUUGUUGAUAGGGGACUCCGGAGUCGGUAAGAGCAGUCUGCUGUUGCGGUUCACGGCCGACAAAUUUGAUGAUCUGUCGCCGACGAUAGGGGUGGACUUUAAGGUAGAGAUGAUGAUCUUGGGGACAAAGAGGUUGAAGCUGACCAUCUGGGACACCGCAGGGCAGGAGAGGUUCCGGACACUAACGAGCUCGUAUUACAGAGGCGCGCAUGGGAUUAUUCUCGUUUACGAUGUGUCGAGACGAACCACAUUCACUGACUUCUCCGAUGUGUGGCUCAAGGAGGUGGAGUGGUUCUCCACCAACAAGGACUGCAUUAAGGUGUUGGUUGGAAACAAGGUAGACUUAGAGGAGCGUGAGCGUGUUGUGGCGAAGAAAGAAGGGGUUGCGUUUGCCAGGCAGCAUGGGUGCUUGUUCUUAGAAGCCAGUGCUAAGACUUGCGUUAACGUGCAACGGUGCUUCGACGAGCUGGUGCAGAAGAUAUUGGACACUCCGAGUUUGCAUGCCAACACUGCCCAACUGAGGAAGAAUGUUAUAUAUAAAUGUCCACCAUUUAUGAUUGUUCGUGUUUCUCAUAUGUUGUCAUAGGAUCUUGACCCUCAUUUGUAUGUCAUUGGUACCUUUAAAAAAAACUGCAUACCACAAAUCCAUCCAUCAAAUUUUAUAAAAUAUUACAUUUAGUUAG